AUGCAAAUGUUGUCUAACAAUUCUGGAUUUUCAUCUUAUUUGGAAGCAUUUGUUUUACCAACGAUUAUACCUGCACAACCGAAUCACGAUUUGGACAUAUCUAACUGGCAGAUUCCAACGAGCAUUAAAUUGGCGGAUCCAAAUUUUAACAUACAAGGAAAAAUUGACAUCCUACUCGGGGCGGAGUUUUACUUCAGCCUAAUGCAACCGGGUACAAUAAAACUGAAUAAUAAUCAACCAAUUCUGCAGAAUACUGCGCUUGGCUGGAUUGUAGGCGGCUUAAUAGAACAAUCAUCAACGAACGUCACAUCAGCAGCGCUAACAUGUGCAAUUUUCGGUAGUGAAACUUCACUGGCACAAUCAAUUGAGAAGUUAUGGAAACUCGAGGAAGUAGCAUCAACAGAAAGGGUAAUGUCUCCACUGGAAACCCGCUGCGAGUCUCAUUAUAAUCAGCAUGUCCAAACGGAUCAGAACGGUAGAUUCAUUGUUAGUUUUCCUUUCCAAGAAUCUCCAACAACAUUGUGA